GGCGCAUUGUCCCCCUCUUAACGAUCCACAUUAUCUCGGACUCAGAUUUAUUUUUUUCUACCUUUAAUCUCAUUGACGAGUCCCGGGAUUUUCUGCACAUCUCGAAUCCACUUUGACCCGCUACUCUACAUACGGAUUACUGCUAUUACCUAUUACUACUCUACUACUCUACUACUGAUGGCCUCGGCAACAACCGCUAUCUCGCAUCAUUAUCAACAGCUUGACAUCCCACGCACUACUGCCGAACCAGCUAGUAACCCUCUUCAAGCUUUAUCGAAUUCUCAACGCCAAUCACAGUCUUCUAUUCUGUCGUCGUCACAAUUUCCAGCUUCCACUGAGAGAAGCAGCGGCAUAGUCGCUGCUAUAGACAGCGUCAAAAUGUCGCAAUCGCAACCUUCAUCGCAGCAGUCUUUUACCAUGAGCCAGCCCGCUCAACCCUAUAGGCAGUUCUCCGAUUCCAAUAUGAGACUGGGAAAUGGGCAUGGGCAUGGCCAUGACCAUAAUGCACCGCAAAUAUAUUCUGCUGUCUACUCUGGCACCGACGUCUACGAGAUGGAGGUUAAUGGGGUCGCUGUCAUGCGCCGCCGCGCAGAUAGUUGGUUAAAUGCCACUCAGAUCCUCAAGGUUGCCAACAUCGAUAAAGGGAAGCGAACGAAAAUUCUUGAAAAGGAGAUACAGACUGGCGAACAUGAAAAGGUACAAGGCGGUUAUGGGAAAUAUCAGGGCACCUGGAUUAAAUUCGACCGAGGCGUUGAGGUAUGCCGUCAAUACGGAGUUGAAGAAUUGCUCCGUCCUCUCUUAAUCUACGACAUGGGCCAGGAUGGUGGCAUCGCGGGCAGAGGAGACAUUAAUACUCCUACCAAAGAGCAGGCUAUGGCUGCGCAAAGAAAGCGCAUGUACGCUGGAAACGACGGCCGCGCCAAUGGGUUAUCUGGAACCUUCUUUAAGAACAUCUCGAGUACGGCAUCUAACGCUGUCGCUGCUAUUAGCAAGGCUCGCUUCGAUUCGCCCGGCCCGAGGGGUCGGAAUGGUCCGACAAGACCACCUGGUUUUAGUCGGCAGUCUUCGAUGCAGAACGUCGACGACUUUCAGGGGAAUUCCCAGCAGAGCUUUACCUCCGACUACGGCCAAAAUGUUGACUCGGCAUAUUCAACCCAGAAUACACAGAUCUUCAACGGUGAAGAGCCGUCGCGAAAACGUCAAAAAGUUGUUACGCCUGCAGAUAGUUUUGGAUAUGCGUCGCAUUCUAUGGAUAUGUACGCCAAUAAUUUCCCCGGCUCGCCUACGGAGCCCAACGAAUCUUUCCAAUACUCUCAAGCCGGCAUCGACGUACAUGAGAACGACACUCUGCCACUACCCCCCUUACCCUUUGAGCUCUCUCCGGAGGCGGACCAGAAGCGCAACCUACUCAUGGGGCUCUUCCUAGAUCCUAAUGCCAACGCCUCUGACUACUCUCAAAACGAAGCUCUCCAGACGCUAUCAGCUUUGGACCUCGAUGCACCAAUAGAUGCAUCGAGUCAUACUGCUCUUCACUGGGCCGCUACGCUAGCUCGAAUACCUCUUCUGCGGGCGUUAAUAUCGGCAGGUGCGAAUCCUUAUCGAAUUAAUGCUUCGGGCGAAACAGCUUUGAUGAGAGCAUCGGCGGUAACGAAUAACUCAGAUCAGGUUUCGUUCCCUGAAUUGCUCGACGUUUUAGGUAACACUAUCGACGUUCGAGACAACAAGGGCCGAACCGUUUUGCAUCAUAUUGCUGUUACGAGUGCUGUGAAGGGUAGGAGCCAUUCCAGCAGAUACUACUUGGAGAGUCUCCUGGAGUGGGUUGUGAGACAAGGGAGCGCGCCGAGCAGCCAAAACGCGACAGCAAACGGCAACUCUAACCAACCGAAGAUGGGCAUCGGUCGAUUCAUGAGCGAGAUUGUAAAUGCGCAAGAUAAGUCUGGCGAUACCGCGCUAAAUAUUGCGGCACGGAUCGGAAAUAGGAGUAUUAUCUCGCAGUUACUUGAGGUGGGUGCGGAUCCCGGUAUCGCUAACAAGGCAGGUCUCAGACCGGUUGACUUUGGAGUGGGCGGCGACGUUGGGGAAGAUGGGGCCAAUGGUGAUCUGAUGGUAACCGACAAGGCAAAUAUUGGCGGCAAUUGCCAGAAGACCCGAGAGAACAGUGCUGAGAUUAUUACCUCUAUCACACACCUUCUGAACGAGACUUCUAACAGCUUCCAAACGGAACUGAGAAAGAAGCAACAGGGUGUUGAUUCACUUCACGUCUCUUUGCGGACGACGUCUACCCAAUUGGGAGAUGCGCGACGCCAGCUUGAGACAUUACAAGCAGCUGCUAAAUCGCAAUCCCUCGCGCGUCAGAAGAUAAGCAACCUUAGUCGGGGUCGUGACGAGGAGCAGAAACACUUAAUGCGACUGGAACAAAAUUAUGGUCGCUUAGAUGCAAAUAACUCUUGGGAGACAGAACUCGAUGCAGCUUUGGAGCCUGCGGAUGGAGAUGCACCGAAUGCCGCUCUGUUACCUAACUCCGUGGUCCUCCGUGCACGUAUACAAGCACUUAGGAAUAGGAAAGAUGCUAUGCGGAAGAGUAUAGGUUCGCUCAAAGGCCGUAGCAAAGACGUCGAAGUUAAAUACCGACGAGUAGUAGCGCUGUGUACCGGUGUGUCGGAAAGCGAAGUUGACGUCGUCGUAGACGGCUUAUUACGUGCCGUAGAGAGCGAAAGGGGCGAACUUGAGAUGGGCCGCAUACGGAGAUUUCUUGGUGGUGUUGAUGGGGUGCAUUGAUGGAUCGAAAUUGUGUAACGGCUUUGGGCGUAAGGGGUUUUAUAAUCAGGUCUUGUAUGAGGUAUGGCAUUGUUGGAUUUGUACAUCUUCAAUAUUAGGACCAUGUGCUGGUUGCAUUUAACAGCAGCCAUUGGCAGGUUUAGGGAGGGAGGGGGGCUUAUGAUUCCACGUCCAGCAUUAUUCCGCGGCCGACUGUAUAUAGGUAUAUGCUGAGCACUACAAGCUGCAAGCAAGGAGUCGAAUUUUUAAACGCACAUAUCACAUGAUGGGGUUUUCGUCCCGAUACUUUUAUCUGGUAAUCGUUGCCGAUUUGAGAGC